GAACCUGGGAGAGUCCUGAAGUGAGCGGCGAUCAGCCCCUGCCUCGGACAUUCCACACCUCCUCCGCAGCUAUCGGAGACUGCCUGUACGUGUUUGGAGGGGGAGAUAAAGGAGCAGAGCCCGUCAAAGACCAGCGGCUCCACGUGUUCGACACAGCCACCUUGACCUGGUCCCAGCCAGCUACUCAAGGUGACCCCCCCUCUCCACGGCACGGACACGUUGUGGUUGCAGUUGGGACCAAACUCUUCAUACACGGAGGUUUAGCUGGAGACACUUUUUACGAUGAUCUGUUCUGCAUCGAUAUAAAUAACAUGAGAUGGGUUAAGAUACCAGCCACCGGUGACAUCCCAGGGGGACGGGCAUCCCACUCAGCAGCGGUGUUUAAAGACCACUUGUACAUUUUCGGUGGAAUAGGUCCCGCCGGGACACUGGAUACAGCGUACAAAUAUCACACAGAGAAGCAGCGGUGGACGCUCCUGCAGUUCGAUUCCCCUCUGCCCACGGGGAGGCUGGACCAUGCCAUGUGCGUCGUGCCCUGGCCGGCAGGUGGGAGCGGAGACACCAGAGCCAGCACCUGGGAAGAGAAAGCUGGGAAAGAGCCGAAGGUGCCAUCAGGUAACAGAGCCGGGAAAGAGCCGCCUGUGCUGGUGGGUGACAGUGCCAGCCUCCCUGAGAAGAGCGCAGAGGGGUGCACUGAGGACACCGUGCAUCUGCUGCUGGUGUUUGGUGGGAUGGACACCCAGGGGGAGAUCUAUGGGGACUGCCUGGUCAGUCUGAUCCAGUAG